AUGAUCAAAGGGAUGGAAUGCAUGACAUAUGAGCAAAAGCUGAAGGAAAUGGCAGAAAUUCCCAGUUACAUUGUUUCUUCUCAGACUGAGAAACACAGAAGGGCCAGAAACUGGACUGAUGCAGAAAUGAGAGGUUUAAUGCUGGUUUGGGAAGAAUUUUUUGAUGAACUGAAACAAACUAAAAGGAAUGCCAAAGUUUAUGAGAAAAUGGCUAACAAACUCUUUGAAAUGACUGGAGAAAUUCGCCACGGAGAGGAAAUAAAGAUAAAAAUUACAAAUAUGACAUUCCAGUACAGGAAAUUAAAAUGCAUGACUGAUAGUGAAACCGUCGCACCUGACUGGCCUUAUUACAAAACCAUUGAUAGAAUCCUGUCUAAAGUAACAGACCACAGUGAUGUGAAAAUGCAUGAAAGUCAGCAACCAGGCCCUUCUACAUCACAGACUGAGGCCUCGCAGUCUCCAUCAGCUAAGUCUACACCUCUGUACUUGCCAUAUAACCAGUUUACAUAUGAAGGAAGGGAAGAAUGUUUUGAAGAUGAACAUUCAGAGAGCUCAUCAAGCUUACUUUCUUAUAAGUUGAGGUGGAAUUUUUUAUUUUCCUUUCUCAUAUUUCAUACAUUAGACUAGUUCUAUUAUGUAAUUGGAAAACUCUAGAAUGUUUACAUUAAUCACUCUUGCCAUUGCUUUUCUUAAGUCACAAGUGAGAUGAGUUUGCUGGUCUUUACCUAAACAGCUAGACUAAGGGUUUCGUUUUUGUCUAUGGGGUACGUAAGCACCACAAAAUGCCAUGCAAUAUUGUCAACAUUUAGCAUGGGUCCCUCUGCUUAUGAGAGGCAUAGCAUUUCUACCAAAGUAGGAGUGGCCCAGACUAGUACUGCAGUGCAUAUGUAUAACAAUGUAGGAAUUAUUACAUGUUUCUUAGCUUCAUUUUGCCUUGCUCUAGCCACUGCUAUUACCUUCAAUAUGAGUAUGAAAUUUCAAUAGGGUCAACUAUUAUUAAAAUGUGUGUGUGUGAGAGAGCGCGUGCAUGCUUUAAAAAUGCAAAUCAAGUAUUUGUUCAGACUUGAUGAAAUUAUCAGUUAUGCUUCAGUUUUCCAACAAACAUCUUUUAAAGUGCAUUGCAGCCACUUUUAAAUAUAAUUAAAUAAUAUGAGGAAUGCAAACAUGCUUUUCCGUUGUUAACAUUUGAAUCCCCUGGACAGCAUGAUUUCAGCCUAAAGCAGUGUUGUAGACACGACUCACAUUUCAGACUUCACUGCUCUCAGUUUUCAUCCUAAAAAUGUGGUGGAAAUAAGAACUGAUUGCAGUCUUCUGUCUGUCAGAAGAAAAUAUUAAGUUCAUUGUAGAGAUCCUUAUCGUGAGUCUGUGCAAUACAAAGAUUUUAUGGAUAACAGUAAAAUUACAAAUCAAUCACGCAAUCAUGAAACUGUUGAACUAGAAUCAAAACCACACAAACUAGUCUGGAUUAAUGGGCUUUCAGGCCUACGUUUGAGUAGUUUGAGAGCUGAGGGAGUAGAGCUGAGACUACUUCUUUCAAUGAGUUUAGCUGUCCCCAAGCAGCUGAUGAUUUUAAAUGUAUUUCCUGUUUGCAAGUAUUUACAGAGUAAUGUCUGUGAAUAGCUCUUGGUCUGUAGCCAUAUAUCAAUUCACAAAUCAUUCUUGUACAAUUAGCAGUUCAUUGUAAGUAUUUGAUGUCUGAUAUUCUUGACUGGAUCAGCAUAACUCCUGGAAUCAUGUUUCUUUUGCAAACUCAAAAUUUGAUUUCUGCAAAUAUUCUUUAAUAUAAAAUUCAUUGUGUCUGCAAACACAUCUACCUGUAAAUGCAAUCACUAGAAUAUUUGCUAACACAAACAAGGUAUUUUAAAAAAAUGUUUAAGGUAUUCAUCCAUCUCGCUUGAGGAAAAACUGCAGGAUGUUUGCACCUUAGACUGCCAGCAGCUAAAAGUGAUACUUGUGAUAGGUAUUACAGCCUUUUGUAUCUGGGCAUAGAAUGACCCUCAUUUUGUAUUAGAAGUAUUUCUGGGUGGGUUAUAAAAGCAUAAUGUAAAAGAUGCAGCUGUGUGAAAGGGAGUCAUGAAAGAAAUGGUUACUUAUUGAAACUAUGGUUCUUUGAGAUAUGAUGCCAACAUGUAUUCCACUUAGGUAUGUGCUUGCCCAGCACAUUGGAGCAGGAUAAAUUUGCCUAGCAGUACCCACAGAGGGGCGGCACUUGCAUCUUGUGGCCAUAACUCCUCCUUUGGCUAUGUGAUGUAGUGCCGCCAUGCCCCUCCCUCAGUUCCUUCUCACCAAACGCCCGGACACAAGACUUCGAUGCAGAGGGGAUGGAGGGUGGGUCGUGGAAUACAUAUUGGAUUCAAAGAACACGUUACAGUAAGUAACGGUUGUUUCUUCUUCAAGUAGAUGCAGACGUGUAUACCACUUAGGUGACUCACAAGAAGUAUCCCUCGCCCGGAAAUAGCGCUCGUAGUCUACCUAAAUAAGGACUGUGGGGCUAUGGAAGAUGUGGUUAUGGCGUAAUUGUUUUUGAAUGUAUGUAUCAAUGACCACACAGCAGCCCUGCAAAUGUCAAAAAUAUGGAAAUGUCACUAAGGCAUGCUAUGGAUGUUCCUUGCGCCCUCGUAGAAUGAACUCACAUCUGCUGAGGGAGCAUAGCCGAGGCUAUUUCAUAUGCAUUUUUGAUGCAGGAUGUUAUCCAUUUGGAGAUCAUCUGCAAAGAGACCACAUGACCCUUCAUGCGAUCUGCACAUGACACAAACAAAUGAGGUAAAGCAUAAAAUGGUCUAGUCCUGUCCAGAUAAAAGAUGUCCAUCACUGGACAUCUAAGGUAUGGAGAUGCUGCUCCUCCAGAGAUGAGUGCGGCUUAGAAGAGAACACAGGUAAAUAUACCAUGUGGUUCAAAUGAAAUUGAGAGACCACUUAAGACAAAAAUUGUGAGUGGAUCAUAGUCACCUUGUCUUUGGAAAAUUGUGUAUAAGGAGGCUCUGCUAUAAGAGCCUGCAGCUCUCACACUCUCCUUGCAGAGGUUAUCGCUUCCAGGAAUGCAGUUUUCUGACACAAAACAGAAAGGGACAAGCCACCAGGGGCACGAGCAGAGAUCCCAAUAAGGAUGCUAGGACUGCGUUAAGGUUCCCACAGAGUAACUGGCUCUCAGACUGGGUGGAUGUAGACAAAGGAGCCCUUUUAAGAAUCUUGUUACCAUGGCAUUGGAGAAGACUGAUUUUUUCCCCCUGAAUGGGGGGAUGAAAUGCCAGUAUCGCUGCCAGAUGCACUUUUAAUGAACUAAACACAAGCAGGUACUCCAAAAUGUCCUAGAUAGAGGCCAGUAUUGGUUGGCUUCGGUUGGCUUAAUGACCACACAGAAAAUCAUUUCCAUUUAGCUGGAUAGGCCAUCCUAGUGGAUGCUUUUCUACUGUUAAGGAGGACCUGUUGGACAGCUGCCAAACACUGCUCUUCCUUCUCAUUCAGCCAUACAGCAGACACACUGUGAGAUUCAGGGAGCUGAGUGCAGGAUGCAAGGUGUGUGUUUGGUUCUGAGUGAGUAAGUUGGGAUGGGGAGGAAGCUAUAUGAGAGGCUGAAUAGAGUGCGAAAAGGUCGGACAACCAGCACUGUCUUGGCCAUGCUGGGGCGAUGAGAAUGAGCAUUGUCUGAUCUGCCUUGAGCUUGAGGAUGACCUGAGGUAUGAUCAGGAUUGGGGGAAAGGCAUACAAGACAGCCAACUGCCAGAUGAGGUGGAAAGCAUCAGACAGGGAGCUUGUACUUGAGGCCCUCUUAAGAGCAGAACAGAUGACGUUUCCUGUUGUCCCUUGUAGCAAACAGGUUGAUCAUUGGGAUGCCCCAAGCAGUGAAGAUGACCCAAAGGUAAUUUGUCUUCAGGGACCAUUCGUGACUCAGGGAAAAAUACCUAUUGAGAUGGUCUGCGAGAUAAUUCUGAACCCCAGGCAAGUGAAUGGCUAUCAGAGCAAUGCAUCCGACGAAGUGGGCAUUCACCCACGAAAGCUUAUGCUCCAAUACAUCUGUUAGUCUUAAAGGUGCCACAGGACUCUCUGUUGCUUUUUACAGAUCCAGACUAACACGGCUACCCCUCUGAUACUUAUCAGAGCAAUAUUCUCCUUGAUGCAGAACUGCCACAGCAUGAUCGCCUCUAGGCAUAGCAACCCAGAGUGUGCUCCCCUUUGUUUGUUUGUUCACAUAUUAC